AGUCUGAUUGUUUGUUAAGUUCAGGUUUAAGGUCUUUGAUGUAUAACAUUUCGUAGAUCAAGCAAUCAAGUUUUCCUCUGCAUUUCUUCAGAACCAUCAUUAGGCCUGAUGAUGUUGUCGAGAUGACAGCGAAACGUUGUCUUUUACAACUAGUUUUCUUAUUAAAUCGUAUACCUAACAGUACCUUUAUCAAAUAAUUCAUAUUGUAUACGAUUUAAAAGAUAUGUAUCGCGUGUCCCCAUCACGUGACUAAGAGAGCGUAGUAUUUAGCAUUGAAAUGGCGUUUGCGUUUUUCAUGAUUCGAUUUUCUUUUACUGGUUGCCUUGAUAACGGUAGACCUCCUUUGGAGACGCAAUACAGAUAUGUAUGUAUGAUACAAGUGAUCAGCGCUAGGGCGGAAGGUUGAAACCUCGGGUGAAAUAUCGCAAAGAAAUCUUUAAAACUGGGGAAAAUUCUUUUUUGUGGGCGUUGAUUGGAUUCAAGGGGGUAUCGCAAUAAUAUACAAUUAAUGCCUUUAAAAUGAAGCCACCUGUAUGGGAUAUAAAUCAUUUUACGAAAUUGAUGACACCAUCUUGAACAGUGUGCAUGGUUUCAUGAUCGUGGGAAGUAGAUAAAGACUAGAAAAGCUGUCAGUGACUUGUGGAUUCGCGCCAAACGAGUUUUUUUUCUUCUGAACCCACUGUUCGAUGCCGUUAAGCCUCAGUUACAWGGUCACGGAGAAGCUCCUGCUGUAGAGAUGAAUUCUACCUUCGGCAUUGAGCCAACCACCAGUGUCAACGCUGUAACUACAGCUCCGCCUAUAGCUGCACAGGCUUACUUCAUCGAGCCAAACCCUUCGAAGAUAUUUCGUUAUGUUUUGUACGCGCUGCUCUUCUUAUUCGCAGUAGUAGGUAACAUCGCAGUUUGCGUCGUGCCCAUACGUCAAAAGCGAAUGAGAACUUUUACUUAUUUUUUGAUUACGAAUCUUGCGGUGUCGGACAUCGGGACAAUGCUCUGUCUGCCUCCCCUCUUAAUGUUCGACUAUACGUCCACAUGGUCAAUCGGUGAAACCAUGUGUAAGCUUGUCAAUCCAAGUCUAACCAUGUUCAGUCUCAUCACGACUAACACAUUGGUCGCCAUCGCUAUCGACCGCUUCAUGUCCUUAGUAUUUCCGUUUGUGCGACGCCCACAAAAAAAGGAGACAAUCUUAGUGGUGACUCUGACAUGGUUGGUGGCUUUUGCCUGCGUGCUGCCGUCGUUCGGUGCUAGAAAACUUACGCCCAUUAUGGAAGGGGGCCAUGUCUUUGUAUACUGUGACGAAGAAUUCCCUGGAGAUACAGUCGAAGAUAAAAUAUACCACAAAAAGAUCUACGACAUAGCCUUGUACCUUAUCAACAACACCAUUCCCAUCAUUAUCAUCUCCCUCGUCUAUGUCAUUAUAAUAUUCAAGCUAAAGGGUAUCUCGCUGUCCAAGGUCUUCAAACGGAAAUCAUCCAAAAGCUCCUUCGAAGGUUACUCCCAACCAGCUCUAAACAGCGACGAGGUGUACUUGAAACAGAAGAACGAACGCGAGAGGAAGUUCAUGCAAAUGUUGUUGAGCGUGGUGGUGGUAUUUGUUCUGUUUUACGUGCCUGUCCAGACGUUGUUCUUGCUAAAUACUCUCUUACCAAGUACGAGUGGAUGGUAUUACCUCUAUAUAACUUAUUAUUAUCUGUACCUCAUGAUGUGGGUCCCAAACGCCCUGAAUCCGAUCCUCUACGGCGCUAUGAACGAACAGUACGCCAGAGCAUUCAAAAAGAUACUGUGUUGCAGAUGGAAAAGCCGCAAAGACGGGUUUGGUUCGACGUUGGGUUCUUACUCUAGAGCUCCGACAACGACCAAGAACACCAGAAAUGACGUUGCUGGGUCGAACACGAGAGAAACAGAAAUGACCUUGAUGUAAAGCGGAAUUAAUAUAUUCGAGUUACUUGUUCAGUGACACAGAAAUCAUUCUAUGUUGCAGAUAGAGAAAAUAACGCAAAACUAACCAGGAGCGACAUUUGUCACGUGAACUGACUAUUUACCUCUUUGAACUUUCAUAAGGCGUGGCUUCUGCGUAACCAAAAGUACCAAAUGAACCACACAAAAUCAUCCGUCUUUAAUGACUCAUUAUUAACACCGUGCAAUUCAAAGCAAGAGAAGGUUAGAAAGUUGAAUGAAUACGAAGCGAAUGGUACGGUAAUGGUUGACAGUGAUGCACGGCACCGCACAGUGAUGCAUGUUGAUUGAUAGUCAUGGACUAUGAUGUGAAUUAAGGACAGGUAUGGGUAAACAAUGAUCCACGAGAAKGUGUAUGUCAUGAAAACGAUGAAAGACAUCAACUGCCGAACAGYUGCGAUGAAAAUGGCGAACAUAUAAAUAGUUGAUGAUGGACAACGAUGAACGAUGAUUAACUGCGAUGGACAGUGAUCCACACUGGUGAACGGUUAAGAACUGAUGGACAAUAAUCAAUGUAAAGUAAUGAGUGUGUACUAUGAUAUACUAGACAACGUAUUCAGAGACCUUUAAUAUCUUUAGCAGUGAAGAAACUGCUUAUAUAGUUAUAGCAUCUAGCACAGAACACCCUAAACGACUGUAUUACUGUAGACUACAUUACCGCAGUUGAUUCGAAAAAAAAAAAAAAAAACAAAAACAAACAAACUAAAGUAGAAUUCGUGUGACUGAGAGACGGUACAGACAUUGGUUUGCACGUUUAACGUUAGGAUCACUCAGCCAAUGAAAAUGCUUUGACUCGGCACGGUCACAAUCAGGACACGGCACGGGUAGAACGCGCGCGGCACUGCACGUCCGCGGUGCGGUACGUUUUCCCAGUCAUACAUAUAUAUGAAAUACAUCUAUUUCUCCCAUCUCUCUCAGUCUUUGGUAGGAACAACUAGCUCUAUUAUCUCACGGCGUGUAUUGUGAUCUCCUUUGGCCAAAGUUCUUGCAUAAGCUAAGCUUUGCAUAAACCACGGGCGACAAUCGAGGUAUUGACUAACCUGCUACGAGCGCUUUAAAGUUCAAUUGCAUCAUAUAUUAUAUUAAAUACUAACUAUUCUGUAGCAAUUUGUAGAGUAAUUUCUAUGAAUGGAAAUUACGAUAGAUAUUUAGUAGAGUAAGUAAUAAAGUAGAUUAUAUUAGUUGUCAAA